AUGAAGAAGCUGUACCGCAGAGGCACGGUUCAUCCGUCGCCGCCAAUCGUCUCCGACCACCUGUCCUUCCUUCCCGCCACCAUCCUCGCCCUCGCGGCCGCCCUGUCCCUCGAAGACAGGGAGGUCCUUGCUUACCUCAUCUCAUGCUCCAACACUAACAACAACAACAACAACAACAACUUAACAGCCUCACCUUCCUCACGUAAGACCACAACCGCCAACAACAACAGAAAGAGUUCCGCCGCAAAAGGAGGCGGUGGAAGCGGCGGCGGAGACCACCCGGCCAGGUUCAACUGCAGCUGCUUCAGAUGCUACACGAGUUACUGGGUCAGAUGGGACGAGUCCCCGAAUCGAGAAUUGAUCCAUGAGAUCAUCGAUGCUUUUGAAUAUGACUUACUUUCAUCUCAGACUAAAACGGCAGGGUCCAAGUAUGGCAAGAAAGACAAGAGGCAGAAUAACAAGAGAGGUAAAGGGCAGGGUCAAGGAUCCGACUUGAGUCUGAAUAAAAAGAAGGAUCAUCAGCUGGUGAAGACUAACAUGGUGGAGGAGAUCACUAAUAGUAGCAAUAGUACUGAUCACUCUGGUGAUCUUGAUGGCGAUGAGGAAAGCAAAGGAUCAGUGAGAAGAUUUGUGAGCUUUCUUGGUGAGAGGAUAUGGGGUGGUGUCUGGAGCCAGUGA